ACCCGCCCACCCGACCCUCCCGUCCCCUCCCCUGCUUCCCAAAAGGACUGCCGUAUGUUCUGCGAUAUAGGUGUUUCCUAUGAACCCCACCCUAUCCGUCAUUUGUUGGCAUCUUCUAGGCUAUCCUACUUUUUUUUUAAAAAAUAAAUAUUUGCAGGGAGCCAAGUAACAUCUGGAAAGAGACUGCAGCAUCCAUUUAACCCUCGUCUUCUUUCCCUUAUAGAUCUGUUUCUUGGCCUUCUGCGGAAUCAUCUGUAGGAUUCCUCGUCUAUCCUAGAUCUCCCUGUCCCCAGCCUUGAUUUAAGAUUCUCUGUUUUCUUCCCGUAAAGAGCCGCUGUAGAAGUGGAUCUGCCUAGAGACUCCUUUUCUGGCCCUUCGCAGGAAUGCCCCCGUUCCUUUUCCUCCGGUAGAGGCCCCUGCACGUCUUCCCUUCUGCAGAUCCUUUCUUUCCUAGGCAAGCUGGAGGGAGGGAGGGAGAGGCUAAAGGGGCUCCAGAUGCCCUGUGCCUCCUACCUAGAGGCCUUCCUUUUUCUGGGGAGCCAGUGACAGUUGCCUCGAAACCCUCUUCUUUGAUUGGAGGAGUUGGGGAAGAGGAGGAGGAGAAGGUGGUGGGGGGGGUGUACUUCCCACCCCCAAUAUCCUGGAGCUGGAGCUGCAAGGGAAGCAGUAUCUAGGCAGCUGCCGAGACUUACAGGAGAAAGGCGAAGGUGAAGUCUAGCCCCCUUCACGGCCGCCAUGCCGUCUAAUGCCCGGGCUGGCAGCUUGAAGGAUCCUGAGGUGGCUGAGUUGUUCUUCAAGGAUGAUCCUGAGAAACUCUUUGUUGAUCUGCGGGAAAUUGGACAUGGUAGCUUUGGAGCUGUCUACUUUGCCCGAGAUAUACGCAACAAUGAAGUGGUGGCCAUCAAAAAGAUGUCUUACAGUGGGAAGCAGUCCAAUGAGAAAUGGCAAGACAUCAUCAAGGAGGUGAAGUUUUUGCAAAAGCUGCGGCACCCAAACACAAUUGAGUACAAGGGGUGUUAUCUACGGGAGCAUACGGCAUGGCUGGUGAUGGAAUACUGCCUCGGCUCGGCCUCAGACUUGUUGGAAGUGCACAAGAAGCCACUGCAGGAAGUAGAGAUUGCAGCCAUAACACAUGGUGCCCUGCAGGGGCUUGCUUACCUCCAUUCGCACAACAUGAUUCACAGAGAUGUGAAGGCUGGGAAUAUCCUGUUGACUGAACCAGGGCAAGUGAAGUUGGGGGACUUUGGCUCGGCCUCCAUCAUUGCUCCUGCUAACUCUUUUGUUGGCACUCCUUACUGGAUGGCUCCUGAGGUGAUCCUAGCCAUGGAUGAGGGACAGUACGAUGGCAAGGUGGAUGUCUGGUCACUCGGCAUCACUUGCAUUGAGCUUGCGGAGCGCAAACCACCUCUCUUUAACAUGAAUGCUAUGAGUGCCUUAUACCACAUCGCCCAGAAUGAUUCUCCACUGCUUCAGUCCAGUCACUGGUCUGAAUAUUUCCGGAACUUUGUGGAUUCGUGCCUGCAGAAGAUUCCCCAGGACCGCCCAACCUCUGAUGUGCUGCUCAAGCAUCGCUUCCUUUUGAGGGAACGCCCCCAAACGGUUAUCAUGGACUUGAUUCAGAGAACCAAGGAUGCUGUGAGGGAACUUGACAACCUGCAAUACCGCAAGAUGAAGAAAAUCCUCUUCCAGGAGGCACAAAAUGGUCCAAACGCAGAAGCACCAGAAGAGGAGGAGGAGGUAGAACAGUUUCUUCACCGAACAGGCACCAUCAACAGCAUGGAGAGCAGCCAUUCUGUGCCCAGCAUGUCCAUCAGUGCCAGCAGCCAGAGCAGCAGCGUCAACAGCCUGGCAGAUGCCUCAGACGAUGACGAUGGGGCUGAGAUUGCCAUGAUGCAGGAAGGCGAGCAUACAGUCACCUCCAACAGCUCUGUCAUCCACCGUCUCCCGGGCCAUGACAACUUGUACGAUGACCCGUACCAGCCUGAGAUGGAGCCCCAAAGCUCGUCAUCGGCCGCUCGACGCCGUGCCUACUGCCGCAACCGAGACCACUUUGCUACUAUUCGUACAGCUUCCCUGGUGACUCGCCAGAUCCAGGAGCAUGAGCAGGAUUCAGCCCUGCGGGACCAGAUGAGUGGCUACAAACGGAUGCGACGCCAGCACCAGAAGCAGCUACUGGCUCUGGAGAACAAACUCCGAGCAGAGCUGGAUGAGCACCAACUGCGCCUUGACAAGGAGCUGGAAGCUCACCGCAACAACUUCUCCGCCGAGGCAGAGAAACUGGCCAAGAAGCACCAAGCUAUCUUUGAGAAGGAGGCAAAGGCAGCCCUGGCUGAGGAGAAGAAAUUCCAACAGCAUAUCUUGGGUCAGCAGAAGAAGGAGUUGGGUAACUUGCUGGAAUCACAGAAACGGCAGUAUAAAUUACGCAAGGAGCAGCUCAAAGAGGAGCUGCAGGAGAACCAGAGCACACCCAAGCGGGAGAAGCAGGAAUGGCUGCUGAGGCAGAAAGAAAACAUGCAGCAUUACCAGGCUGAGGAAGAAGCGAACCUUCUGCGCCGCCAGCGACAGUACUUUGAGCUGCAGUGCCGCCAGUACAAGCGCAAGAUGCUGCUGGCACGCCACAACUUGGACCAGGACCUGCUGCGGGAGGAACUAAACAAAAAGCAGACCCAGAAGGAUUUGGAGUGCGCCAUGCUGCUGCGCCAGCAUGAAUCCACCCAGGAGCUGGAAUUCCGGCAUCUGCACACUGUCCAGCGCACCCGCACGGAGCUCACCCGUCUGCAGCACCAAACAGAGCUUUCAAACCAGCUGGAAUACAACAAGCGCCGUGAGCAGGAGCUACGUCAGAAACAUGCCAUGGAGGUCCGGCAACAGCCUAAGAGCCUCAAAGUAGGUGCUACCUACACCCCGCCUUGCUGCCAGUGCUGCCCAGAUGGGCAGGAUUCAGGGGUUCUGGAUCCAGGGCGGGGGCACCAAGGGGUUAUGGAAAUGGACACGUGUGAGACUGGAAGUCUGGAGUGUGUACGGGACCGUUUGGGCGGGCCUGCUCCAUGUGACUGUGUGGCUGGGGUUCCAGAGCACCUGGUAGAUGCACGCUUGGAACAUGCUCGUGUUGGGCACCUUGACCCUGGAGGAUGUGAAUCAGCCGUAAUGGAGUCAGGCAGUCCUUGCUCCAGUGAUCCAGGUCCUUGCAAACAUAUCCGUGAGGUUCUGGAGGCAACUCAGGGUAAUGUUCACAUUGUGGACUCAGGAAUAAAAUGUCCAGACCUUUUAGAGAAGUACAGCCAUGCAGUGGGGAAUAUGGAUCCUGAGCUAGACCGUCAUGGGCAUCUGGUUCUAGAUUACUGCCAGCAGGAGGAGGAUCUAGAUAUGGAAGCAAUGUCUCCUAGGGUGCUUGUGCCAGAUUGGACACAAAAAGGCAUUCCGGAUCUGGGUGAGCAGGACUCGGUGCCUCUGGUGUCUGAAUCGAGGUGUUCAAGGGAUGUAGAGCCAGACUGGAAAUGCCUGUCAGGUGUCACUCCAGAUGGACAGGAAGCUGCACUUCUAGAACAGAGGCAGGGGUGUCUUGUUCUCAGUGAACAUAGUAACGAAGGGCUAGAUUUCAGUGGAACAAGUCUGAAGCAGCAAGAGCUUUAUGGAGAGGGAGUUGAAGAUCUAGAAUUGAGCCAAAGGUUCCUUGGAGGGCUGGAUCACUACAGAGACGGUUGUAGGAACAUGUGUGUUCCAGAACCUGAUGGGCAAGAGGCUGAUAAACUAGAGCCAUUCAAAUGUGAAGAUAAGUUAUACCCCCAGUCCUUGCCUUCUACCAUAGAGGAAGAAGGUCUGCGAGGCCCAGGUGAUGGCUGUCCAGCUCCCGAAGACCCCUAUAGUCAGCAGGGCGGCACCAAAAUCCGCCCUGUUCCUUCUCCUGUGGCAGCCAUUUUGCCUCACGCUCUCUGUGUGGCUUUGGCAUUGUUAGUGUCGGCCUGUCCCUGUGCCCCAACUCUUCUGCUGCUGCUCGCUGCCCUUUGGGCCCAAGGAGGAGGGUUUCAGGAUAUCCUCCUGGCCCUGGAGGGGGUGCUCGUAGGCCUGGGAGUGACCUACACCUUGUUGCACUCUAUCUUCCUCCUCUCUGGUGCCUCCUUUCUACUUCUGGCUAAAAUGGCCGGGGCGGUGGGUGUGGUGGGGCUGAGCGCCAGUCGGGGCCGCCUCUACGUUCCGGUCAUUCUCCUGGCCUCCUAUCUUUUAGCUUCCCCGUGGCUUUUCCUGCCCCUUUAUCUUUUGGGAGCAAUGGCAAGGAACAGCCUCAUGGGGCUUCCCCGCCGGGCCCGCCGUUUUUGGCUCUUGGCCCUCCUCCGCCUUCCACGCCCGGCGUUCCGCAUCCUGCAGCGCCUGGGCCUGGUGAGCGAGCAGGGGCUGUUCCGCCUCUUCCCUAAGACCAACAAAGGCGGCUUCCGUAGCCGCAUCCCGGUGCUGUCGCGCCAACGCCAGCCGCCCGUCCCCUGGCACCGCAAGGCGGCCGCCUUCCUGGCCAAGCCAGUGUGCAGCCUCAACAAGUUCCUCACGGAGGUGAUUUGUGCCCAGCUGCCCCCUUCGGCUCUGCGCUGUCUCAAAGGGCUGCACGUCUUGCGGGAGGAGAGGGCCAGCCGCAUCCCCCGCCUGGUGGAGCGAACCGCCCGGCCACGAGGCCAUGCCGCGGGCUCAGCCAGGCGGCUCAGCCUAAGAAGCCGCAGGCAGACCACCCACCCAGUCAGGAAGCCCUGGAGAUGAUUGGCGCCCCCCCCGGGUGCUCGGAAGGGGCUCUUGGGGCCUCGGGCUUCCCACGCUCCCUGUUCCCAAAUUGCGAAGCGGAUGGUUCCACAGGCACUCUUGACAUACUGGUCCUCUGCCUCCCAUGCAGAAUUUGGGGGUUGGGGUUGGCCACUCUCUGGAUUUCUGGGAGGUGGGGCAGCACUACUGACAGUAUUGACUCUGGAGGCGACUUCUUUCUAUCCUGUGUUUGUGUGAUACUGAGUUGGUUGAGACCAGCACAGUAGGAAGAUGGUUUGAUGAUGUUUUAAUGCUAGGAGGGCCUGAGCCCCCACCGGAGGCAGGGUCUGCUUGAGGAAAGGGGUCACAAGGGUGGGCGGGGGGGGGAGAGACCUGAGGUUUUUUGCCAGCUCCCUUUUUGUUUACAUAUUGGAGAGGGGCGUUGUUGUGUAUUCAUUAUCCUAACGAGGAAAGAAUCACCUGACGCCCUUUUGAGCUGGCUGGUUUGGGUGGGUUUGAGUAUUUCUUGUGCCCCUCCAGACCGACGGAGGGGAAGAUGGGAAAGUUCCUGGAUGGUGAGUGAAGCUGAAGGGCUCCAUUCCCCUUAAUCCUGAAGCGAGAGGUAAAUGGGUACCAACAUGUUUGUAGAGUUGAAGCUGACAGGGCCUGGAUCUACAUAUCCCAAUGAAAGGAGUUCUUUAAUAGCUGCAGGUUUGCAGAAGGCUACACUCUCACAAGCAGUUUUCAGUAACUCCCUUUUUAAAAGCUCUUCAACAGCUGCUCUUUCUGUCUUAAACAAGAAGGAAAUACAGAUGGUCUCAAGUUUCUGCCAAUAUUGCCAGCACGCAUACACACACGCGCGCACACACUCACACUCUCUCUCUGUAGAUGGAGUGGGGAUAGGACACAUUAAUAUAGAUGUGGGUCCGUUCACUAUUAUUUCCUGAAGAGUUUCCACUUCAGUACAAUUAUUCUUUCUCCCUCUUUCCUACAAAACAUGUUGCCUCUUCCAGAAUGAUGCAGAAGCUUAAGAAACUAAGGGGUGUUUGUGUUCCAAGAAAUCAGACUCUACCCAGCUCCUGAGGGUUUACUAACUUUAGGUGAUUCUUUCGCCGUUCAUUUUAUAUAUAUAUAUAUUUUCCCACCGUUUUAUAAAUAUAUAUAUUUAUCAUUUUCCACGCUAUUUGUAACAUCCCUUUCAUUUCAUUUUUUUGUUUUGGCUUGAAUGUAUAAUAUUUGUGUAUGUUUGUGGAGGCUGGCCAAUUUUACAUGAAACCAUUUUUGUGGAGAGGGCGGGGAGAGCUAAUUUUGAGUGUUUUCGUUGAAAGCAUUUGACUGAAAAUGGGAGAAAUCCACUUUUAAUAAACCUUAAUACAGGAUUUUUUUCCCCACCUGGACACACACAAUGGGCCAACCACUAGUGGAGCUUCCCCCCGCCCCAAAAUUUCCUUUUUCUGUUUCCAAUGGGACUUAAAAUGAGGAACCACGUGCUGGGAAUUUAAAAUAACGGCUAGGUAUUUAACCAGUUUGCUUUCAAAUAGGCAACUGCAUGUUAAGGUUCCCAUCUAAAGCUUGAAAUAUAUUUUAUGGGUUCAUGUCUAUGUUAAGUGUGGGCACAUGCAAGCUUUUAAAAUUACAUAGAAAAUAAAAUUGACUUGACUUUGAAUGCCUCCCCCCGCCCACCAUGUUGGGAAAGUUGUGGGAGGGUCCACAACUUUCCACAAUUUAACCACCUUCAAUUCUGCAUAAGUGGAAAUAGAGAUCACUUCCAUUCUGUGCAAUGCAACAAAGUUUCAAGAAUUCGGCUAUCCUGAUUUCCUCCCCCUUCCAGGACUCAAUGCCACCACCUUUCCUAUCCCCAAAACUGAGUGCCUUGUCUCUUUUGACUCUCACCUGUAUUCCACACACCUGUCACUAGGCAAACUCACUCAAGAGAGCCAUUCCAUUGAACUUUUCUGAAUAAGAUGUUUUAGCACAUGGCUACUUGGCUACCAUGACCUGCAGAUUGUCCUGAAAAAGCUAUUACAGGAAAGCGCCAGGCAAUUUAUGUCUACCCUGGCAAUAAUUCUGCCAUCAAAAAUCAUUGGAUUUAAUCCAGUUUUAUUCCAAACUAGAGUAGAACCAUUUCAAUGAAUGGUGUAUGUCAGUCAAUGCCAAUGAAAGUCUAAUUGCUUAAAAUCGAUCUAUUCUGUUGGACUAAAAUGAGAUUCACUCUAUUGCUAAGUCCAUUUUAACGCUUAGCAGGUAAGCAUCAAAACGUUAUAGCAGCUUCCCCAAUCCUAGUGGAUCUGGAGAGCAUGAGGUUUGGACAAACCUGCAUUGUAUAAUUUUGACAUAGGUCAUGAGUGGCUUUGCUGCUGCUAAAGUUUGUUUUCAAGAGGUUUGCAGGAACGAAAGUUGUCUUUGUGAUGAAUACACUUGCAGAUAAGCCCAAAAAAUUGAACAAUACUUUUAACACAGCCUUGUCUGUCAGCAUUUUUCCUUGACGACAAAUAUAGUGAUCCUGAACCUCCCUACUGUACUUUGAAAGUAAAUCCCAUUUACUUCAGUGAUGUUUACUUCAAGUAAAUUUGCUCAGGUUCCUAGGUAUAGUACAGUAUUGCUAUGAUUUUCCCCAUUCCAUUUUACUGAUUCUUUAUUAUGUGAUGGUUUUUAAACCAUGUUUUUAUACAGCUAAAUCAUUGGGGGGGGCGGUUCUGAUAGUUUAUUAUUCUUACUAAUUGGUAAUUUUAAAUGUUCAUAUUGGAACAGUGAUCGUUUUUAGUAGUUUGAGGUUAUCCUCUAAUGUUAUAGUUUUAAUUCCACAUCCAUCCAUUUUGGUUUUCUGUUCCAUUUGUGCAUUAAUUAAGCUUUGCCUUGUAUUUCUCCCUUUUUUGGUUCACCUGUGGUCUUAUUUAUUCUACUUUUGUUUUAGUCAUGGAUUUUUUAAAUUUCUUAUUUCAUUCCUCAGUUUUUAAAAUGGCCAAACUUAUUUUUAUUCUCCAAAUUCAAUUUUGUCCAUUUUAAUAGUGUACUUGUAUUUCUUCCCAUUUGUGUGUGUGUUUUCCCCUAUUGUCCUUGCAUUUUUUUAAUUUCUCUGUUAAAUAUUUUUAAUUUAUUUCUCCCAUUUUGUGUUGGGAGAUGUUCAUCUGUGGUUUAUUUAUUUCAUCCUACCCUGUUGUGGAUGCAUGUGAAAUUUUGAAGAAAAAUUAAUAAAAAAAAUCUGCACCACAA